AUGUCGAAGCGCUGUACUUAUAUGUACAUCUGCCAGAUUUUAGCUGAAGAUGAUGAGUUAUUCGAUGCAAAUACCCCAUUCCCAGAUAAUUACAAUAGCGGAAACAUUCAACUAACUUCAACAGUUGAAGAUUAUAUCAAAGCAAUCAAUGCAGCCCAUAAGGAUGAAUUUCAAUUUAGUGAAUCUUUUAUGCUGAGUAAAAGUUUUGAAUACUUGACAACUUCAAGAAUUUGUAUCAUAAUUCCAGAAAGUGGCGAUAUCAACUAUAAUGAACUAAGUAAAGCAUGUCAUGCAGUUGUUAAAGCAAUUUGUUGUUACAAUUCUUUUUCUGAAUCAGAAAAAAAUGUUUUUUAUAACUCUGUUAUUCAAGCGAAGUUAAAUAAACUACAAAAUGAAUAUGCAUUCCGAUCAUUGAAAGAGCUAAACGAUAAUCAAGUCGAAGAAAUGAAAAGAUUAAACGAAGAAAAAGUCAAAGAAAUGAAAAAAUAUACGAUGAGCAAUUCAAAAAUAUGA